GUUCCUUCCAGCUAGCUGCCCGGGUCCCCAAAGGGGGCUGAACAGCAGCAGCGGGGAGGGGCAGGCGCGGCUGCCUUUCGGUGAGGACGGGGUGGAGCAAGAGAACGCCACUCAGUGCCCGAGAAGCCCUCGACGGCGUCCAGCCUGAGCAGCUGGAGGCCCUGGAGCGCCGUAGCGCUGCGGUCACUCCAACAGCAGGCUCUGGCAGCAGCGAGCAACCACCCUCGGGCCCAGCUGCCUAUGGAGCUACCCCCGCUCCGGGGGGCCGACAUUUCCUUCGGGACAUUAAGGCAGCAGGGCACCCUCCUCUCUGACGUUUUCUCCCUGUGCAGAGAGCCGGUCCAGGAUAUCGCGUACACGCACGUACUCCGAGCUGCGCGGGUUCUCGGAGCCGAAGGCUGCACCCAGAGGACUCCGCGCACCUGGAGCGCGGUAGCACGAGCGACCCACAAGUGUGCUGUCCACCUGAUGCCCCAUCCCCUUGAAGAAUCAGCACCCCACACAAGGGACUAGAGAUUCGCCCGCCAGGGUUCAAAGGGCGUGACUGUCUCAGGAGCGGCGGCGUAGGGGGGGAACAAACCGGGCCAGGGCGGGGCGUCCAGGAGGAGGGUCACGUGCAGGAAGCAGAAGGCCUCACCACCGGCUUGCUUCGCUCUACCGACUGGGACACUUACACACACACACUACCCCCGACACCUCUCCAGUCCCCUCUGAAGACUGGCCCUCGGGUGCCUCCCGCUCUCUCGCGGUGAUGGCAUCACCCGGGGACUCCCGGCGCCUCUUCAGACUGGUGCAGGAAGGCCAGCUUUGCGCCCUGCAGGAGGAACUGCAGUCCACCAGAGGCUGCCAGGAGUUGGCAGGAGACACCCUGCUCCAUUGUGCCGCCCGUCAUGGACGCAGGGAUAUCCUAGCUUAUCUGAUCGAAGUCUGGGGCAUGGACAUUGAGGCUGGCAAUCGAGACUACAAGAGGCCUCUGCAUGAGGCUGCCACCAUGGGACACCGGGACUGCGUGUGCUACCUGCUAGCUCGAGGGGCGUCGGUGGACUGUCUAAAGAAGGCCGAUUGGACUCCUCUGAUGAUGGCUUGCACAAGAAAGAACCUCGAGGUGAUCCAAGACCUUGUGGAACAUGGUGCCAAUCCACUCCUUAAGAACAAAGAUGGCUGGAAUAGUUUCCACAUUGCCAGUCGAGAAGGUGACCCUCUGAUCCUCCACUACUUGCUCACCGUUUGUCCAGAUGCCUGGAAGACAGAGAGCAAAAUCAGAAGAACUCCUCUGCACACUGCAGCAAUGCAUGGUUGUUUAGAAGCAGUAAAAGUGCUUCUUACAAGGUGCCAGUAUGAACCAGACUGCAAAGACAGCUGUGGUGUUACCCCCUUUAUGGACGCAGUUCAGUGCGGUCACAUCGAUGUAGCCAGGCUGCUCCUCCAAACACAUAAGGUUUGCUGCUCAGCUGAGGAUAGCCUGGGAGCCCAGGCUCUGCACAGGGCAGCGGUCACUGGGCAGAAUGAAGCCAUCCAUUUUUUGGUGUCCGACCUUGGCAUCAAUGUAGACGUGCGAGCAACAGCAGCCCGCUUCACGGCACUUCACUAUGCAGCCAAGGUUUGCCUUUUCCUAGUAAGCUCUUGCUUACUAGGAAGGACAUACAAGCACAAUACAGACUCUCUUAUCUUUGGGUGCUGACAUCAAUGCUAAAGAUGACAGAAAUC